AUAGGCUUGGCCAGUUGUGAUUAAAAUCUCGCCCACACGCCAAGAAUUCAAGAAACUUGGUUUCGAUUUCACUGACAUCGUAAGCCAAGUGAAGCUCAAGAACAUCCAGGUCUUCUUUCAAACAUUGCUUGUCUUCUGCCAUACCUCGUGUCCUUACCGAUCCAAAAUUGACAACUAUGCAAGUCCUUAUUAUUGUGAUUCUCCAAUUACUGUUGCUGUUAACAUGGAGCAAUCCAACGAGAGGUCAAUGUGGAAAUGAAGACUGGACCAGCACGUUUGCAAUCGCUGGUGACUCUACUUCUCAAUGCGCGAAUAAUGUCUACUAUGUCAAUGGACUGAGAAGCGAGGGGUAUGGUGCCCUGUUAGAAACAGGACCAGGUGUAAUUAAGGCAGCUAGAUGUUGCUCUGUUGACCAGCCAUACUCUCAGGAGAGCAACAAUUGUUAUCAGGCUCAGUGGUGGACUGACUUACAACGCCAUGAUUCGUGGGCAUUGUGCGAGAAUCCAGGAUACCUUCUGCGCGGGUUUUUCACUGUUGGGAGAAAUUUCUUGGCUGACAUUGGCGAGGGUGUUUGCUGUAAACCUGUGAGCCACCCAGACCAAGAUGGACCAUGUAGAGAUAUCACUGUGAAUUUCAUAGCAGAUGGAAUGAAGCGGUGUCCAAAUGGGAUGUUCCUUAAGGGAUUGUACAAAACAAGAUGUUCCACGAUAGACUGUCUCACGCAGAUCAGAUGCUGCGAACUGAUUCCAGGGCGCGUGGACGGUGGCUGGUCAAACUGGGGAGCCUGGAACCCCUGUCCUGUGACUUGUGGAGGUGCUAAUCAGAUAAGAUUCCGCAUGUGUACAAACCCAACACCAUCAAAUGGAGGAAACAACUGCGUUGGAGUUCCGUUGGAACUACAAACAUGUAACUCGACCCCAUGCUGAUUAACAAAGGAUGUGACUAAAGAAGCCUCGAGAAACAAGUUAAUGCAGACAAUACAACACUUUAGAUAUCAUCACUGUUAUGACAAUUUUCACACAACCAAAAAUAAAAUAGAGCUCGUGGAUCUC